AGAAAAAAAUAGUAGUAUAAAUAAGAGCAAUGCCAUGAGUAAAAAUGAGCAAAACAAAUCCACUUCUUAAGUACCAUCAAAUCUUGUCUCUAAAGUGUGGCUGACAUUAUGGGUUUCUCCAAAUUUGCUCUCUUUGCCAUUUUCAUGCUCGCUGCAUCAGCAGUGAUAGAUGCGAAAUAUGAAGCAAGAACCACUGCAUCGAUAAUGACUGAAGAGCUCCUGAAGGCCGAAGUGAAGGCAAUGUCAUCACUUAGGGAAGUGGAAAGGGCUGUUGCUUCAAAAUUGAAGCAAAAUGUGAUGAUGACUGAAGAUAAGUGUUCUCCAUCAGGGAACAUAUGCUCGGGUUUCGGACCUCCGGAACAAUGUUGUUCCGGCGCUUGUGUUCCUCAUCCUAUAUUAAGGAUCUUUGUAUGCCAGUAAAAGGUCGGGUUGGGUCGGGUCGAGUCGAGUCGAUCAUCACCAUCAAUUUCCUUUGUUAAUUAUGUACUCCGAUUAUCCGUACUUUGUAGUGUACCUGUGUACGAGAUAUAAUAAAAUUGACGAAGGUGUUGGUGAAGGAA